UAUUUAGCUCAGCAGCUCGACUGAACCAACUGUUGGAGCUACAUCUCAGUUGUCAAAGCUAACAAGAUGUAGCCUUACAUCUAUAGACAGAUAUGGGGGGGUUCAGUGGCCUUAGCCUUAAGAGGCAGCUGAGCAUUCUGGGUAAUGGCGGGAUCCUUUGGUGGAAAUGGAGGUAAAGUUUCUUGAGACUGUUCCUGAGUUCCAGCGGUGGGAGAAGCUGUUAUAGUGGUGUCGUAUGGCAGAAGGGAGGUCAAGGGAACACAGACUGGUUGGGAGGGGACAUCUGCAUCCUUCACUGUGGUCCCAAACCAUGAAUAUUGUGGGCCAGUUGGCGGAGACGGUGUUUGUGACGGUGAAGGAGCUGUACCGUGGCCUCAACCCCGCCACUCUCACCGGAGGGAUCGAUGUCAUUGUGGUGCAACAGCCUGAUGGAUCGUUCCAGUGUUCCCCCUUUCACGUCCGCUUCGGCAAGCUGGGUGUGCUGCGCUCCAAGGAGAAAAUUGUGGACAUUGAGAUAAAUGGAGAAUCAGUUGACCUGCACAUGAAGCUGGGUGACAACGGAGAAGCUUUUUUUGUGAAGGAAAAUGAAAACAAGGAGGUCCCAGCCCAUCUGUGCACCUCCCCACUUCCCUUUGAUGGCCCUGAGGAGACAGAGGAGACCGCUGAGGGAUCCUCCAUCGCCGGGUCUGGCGCCCGCAGGAAGAAACGCCGUCGCAAACGCAUGCGUUCUGAUACUCACCUGAGAGAAGAGGCCAGCUCCUCGUCAGAUGAGAGAGAAAGAGAGAAGGAGUGGGAGAGAGAAAGUGAUCAGGCCGGCCAGGAGAGUCCUGCUAAAGAGGAGCCCGUCACACCCCUACAACUCAGUAAAUCAGUGUACUACUCGCUGUGUGAGGAGCCAAAUGAGGAGCUGGGGGCCUCACAGACUCAUCCACACUCAGAAGGAGAGCAGUCACCCUUGGAAAGUGUGUUCAACAGCCGGCCAUCCUCUCCUAAGAGCGACUCCGAGCUUCUGGUUAAACCCCAAGAGUUGCCUGGGCCUCAGAUACAGUGGAACUGGGGAGGUUUUCCUAUGCUGUGUCCAUCCGAGAGGACACCAAUGGAGUUACAGCGCAUCUCCACCUCCGGCAGUUCUCAUUUCCGCACCAUUGAGAGACAGGACUCCUUUGACCUGGGCUAUGAGCCUGUGAUCAGCUGUGGCAGAGUGGGAAGUGUAACGGUGGUCAGGCCACAGCCCAGGACUCAAUCCCUAGACCUUAGUAGCCACACUAUGCAAACCACCCCUUUAUCUAGGGAGAAACACUCUCACAUUGCCCAUUCCACCCCCAGUGAGCUCUCCACGUCUUGUGCAUCACCAGCGAAGACUAAUGUGGACUCGACACAGGCACCAGAAUCCACGUCAGGGGAAGAGCAGAACAGAGACUCGUUUUCUUUUUCAGCCAAUCUAGUUAAUGGCACAGAUUCUCUUGAUAGCAAAGAAAGUGCUGAGCAUAUCAGCACGGUGACGGACAGUGUGACCGAACCAAACGGCGCACAAAUACAACUCAUAAAAGAGAGCGAAGACUGCACGGUCACUGCAGCAAGUCCAAGUAGUGCAGAGUCAUCAAAUCCACAACAGCAGGGUGCCUUAUUGGAGCCGAGUGAACAGAGUUCCACCAGCAGCGCCCCUGUCAGCGAGGGGGACAGUGGGAUCGAUCCCUGCGCUGAGGGAGGGGAAGAGGACGGUGGAGCUGGAGGGACUGAAGGCUCAGCAGGAGGCUCACUGACCAACAAAACAGAGGCAAACUCUUCUGAGGCAUCCUCCAAAGUGGAGCAACAGGACAAGAAGAAAGGUAAACGUAAUCAUCAUCUAGGACCGACAGGAAUUUACUUGGAUGAUCUGACCAAGUUGGACCCUGAGGUGGCGGCACUUUACUUCCCCAAGAGUGAGACAGAGGGAGCGUCUCAGCUCGGGGCAGAGCAGGGCUCCCACUCAGGGAGCCAGUCGCCUCAGUCGGUGGGCAGCGGGGCCAUGGACAGUGGGACAGAGUACCUGUCAGACUCCGCCUCCUACAACAUGGACGUCAGCAUGUCCCUCUGCGGACAAGAGGGGGACACCAGCCAGAUCACUAAAGAAAAGUUUAUGGAGCACAUCGUGACAUACCAGGAUUUUGCCAACAAUCCAGGAAUCAUUGAGGAUCCGAGCCUCGUCAUCUGCAUCAACUCCAACUAUUAUAACUGGGCGGUGGCCGCGCCAAUGGUCUUAUCAAUGACAACGUUCCAGAAAAGCCUACCUGAGAGUACAAUAGGGCGGCUGGUGAAGGACAAGAUGCCCAAAAAGUCUGGAAGCUGGUGGUUCUGGAGGAGACAAGACAAGGUUAAUAAGCAGCAAAAGACUUCAAAGGAUGAGCAAGAGGAGCCACUGGCAAGUGUUUCUACCACAGUAAAAGCCACACUGGAUGACAUAGAAAGUGAUGAGGCGGCGGGCCUCGGCCGAAAAGCCAUGAUUCCCUCCAGCCUAUCAACAGAAACCCUGAACGCCGCACAGUGCAUCACCCAGAUGUACCGCAAAUCACUGCGUCUGACCUCUCAACAGAUCGAGCACUUAAACCUGCGUGUAGGAGCCAACAAGGUGGUCUUCAGCGUGACCACACAAUACCAAGGAACCUGUCGCUGCGAGGCUGCUAUCUACCUGUGGAAGUGGGACGAUCGCGUCAUCAUAUCAGACAUAGACGGCACCAUCACUAAGUCUGAUGCUCUCGGUCAUAUUCUACCUCAGUUUGGAAAAGACUGGACACACAAAGGCAUCGCCAAGCUCUACCACAAAAUACAUCAAAAUGGCUAUAAGUUCCUGUAUUGUUCAGCCCGGGCCAUCGGUAUGGCUGCCAUCACUAAGGACUACCUGCAGUGGGUCAAUGACAAAGGCAUUGUCCUCCCUCAAGGUCCUGUACUGUUGGCCCCCAGCAGCCUCUUUUCAGCUCUACACAGAGAAGUGAUUGAGAAGAAGCCGGAGGUUUUUAAAAUCGCCUGUCUGGGUGACAUCAGGGACCUGUUCAACCCAAAGAGACAGCCCUUCUACGCGGCCUUCGGCAACAGGACCAACGAUGCCUUUGCCUAUAAGCAGGUCGGGGUGCCUGAUACCAGGUUAUUUACUGUCAACCCAAAAGGAGAGCUCAUCCAGGAGCGGACUAAAGUCAACAAGUCCUCGUACAGCCACCUCAGUGAGUUGGUGGAACAUUUCUUCCCCAUGCUGUCUGUCGGGUCCUUUGCUUUGGACUUUCCCGAGUACAGCAGCUUCUCCUACUGGAAGGAGCCUCUGCCAGAACUGGACCUGGAUGCACUACUGUAGACACACACACACCCUCACAUCUACCAAAAGCCACACUCAAUAAGCACAUAUACUGUCUUUGUUCUUUUUGUCCACAAAGGCAGUUGAAAGGAUUUUUUUCCCAGCAUGCCUGAAUAUUUCCUCUGAUAGACCUGCCAACUGUAGUGCCUGUUUAUGAAACACUGAAUAAACUGGAACAGAAAGAGGCGACUGUCCCGUCUCAUAAAGAUAGAGCCAAAUUAAGUCAUAAUAUGCAAGGACUACACAUUUCAAAAACAACUGUACAAAACAUUAUGCAGUAGUCUCGGUGCUCGUACACUGGCUACACAAUAUUUUGCUAUAUUAAUGUGAAAAUCCUACAACGAACUGGACAAAUAUGCCUUUGGACUGUUUCAGGUUUUUGUUAUUGUGUGUAUCAGUAUCACAGCCAUUCCAAAUUGAAACUAUAUUUGUAUGAUAUUAUUAACACUGUCACACAUUUCAGCUCUAAACAUGUACCAAAAACACAUUUGUAUAGAAAUUGAGCUGUUCGUGAUGCCUAAAUCCUGCACAUGCCAAAACUAUUUUAUACUUUGACUGAUCUGGAGAUUUUCAGCUCUCAGCUCUCAGCUCAGAACAACAGACAGACACACAGGUACUAAACAAACCUGUUACCCUUCAUUCAUCCACUCAUGUGUGUCCGUGUGUAGUUAACAACAGAGCGUUGAGGGGGAGGGUUUUUAUACCAAACAGUGUGACAAUGUAUUUAAAAUGCUUUGGAUUAUUUUAGAGUCUGUUUGAUGCUAGUAAGUACGAGACAACUGGGGUUUGCCUUGACUGAUGUUGAACUUUAUUAUGUUUAUGUCCAGCACAAGAGUGUUUUCUAUUUACAUUUGACUCAAAUGAGUCAUAAGUAAUUAGAGUUUUGGAUGGGAAGCUAGAUCGUAGGUGUUAACUGCUGAAUCAAAGCCUGCAGGUGAAUAUGGAGUUAGUUGUAAGGGACAAUAGCACAUUUUUUUGUCUACUUAAUACCUGAGGAUUGCAAUACCAAGUUGAUCUGAGCAUAUUGAUCACUGUGAAACUACAACAUGCACAUUUCACAUAAUUUUCCUUUCAGGUACCAAGUAUAGAAAUGUUUGCACAUGAGUGCAGAGGUGGGUCAGACUGACUUUAAUUCCAGAGAAGUGUAACCAGACCUUGGAGGGGGGGAACAGAAGUGGUGUAGCCAGGGGCAGUGCCUUUGUACUAUAAUGACUGUUAUAUUUAUUAUUUUUGCAUAUCUUUCAUCAUCAAACUGUGUGGAUAUGCAUUGGAGCUGAUGAUUUUAAAACUGUAUAGAAUUAUAAAUAAAUUAAAAAUGCAACACUGUUUUCAUUGUC